AUGGAUAAGGAGAGGGAGGAUACAAAGGAGAGGAAAGACAGGGAGGUUAGCCAGUUUUUAGACGCUUCCGGGAAGUUGCCUUCAGGCCUGCUGCAGGGUUCUCGAGUGGACCUCGGGGCCUUCGACGAGUGCCUCGAGACAGAGGUAUAUGACACCUACGGGGAUGUGCUCAUGCGUGGCCAGUACUGCAACCUUCUAGUGUACAAUGAGAAUUCCACGGCAGCAGAAGGAAACCUCCAGACCUUCUCCAGCGUUCUCCAUCCCAAACUCAAAUACUUUAGCAAUUACUUCUCCGUCGAAGAGCUUCCCGUUGUGCGCUUGGCGAUUUGCUUUGUAGACGAUUGCAACCAACGAGAUUUGCAAGCUUUAGUCGACGCAGUCAAGCCUCCGCCGGUACGUCUGGAAGUAUCAAAUUGCGUGACAGUGCAAGUGGAACCAUGGACAAAUGCCCAAAUUGGAAUUAUGAUGUUUUUGUGCGUCCUUCUAGUCAUCAUUAUUGCCGCCACAUUUACAGACCGUUUAAUGAAGCUCAAGCCCAAACUUAUGGAAAAGCACGGUGCGCUUGGUGAUCUUGUGAAAGGUUUCUCCACCACGUCCAACACACGCAUGUUGCUCAAAGUCGCCGAGAAGUCAAACACUGACCAUUACGCCCUGCAGUUCCUGCACGGCAUGAGGUUCUUCUCCAUCGUCCACAUAGUGUUUUGCCAUUGCGGUCAAACGAUGUCCGAUAAUUGGUCACGUUACCUGAAUUUGCUCAUCGCCUCUGAAGAAUGGUCGUACAUGCUCCUAAGCGCCGGGUUCAGCAGCGUUGGAACCUUCUUUUUCCUCAGUGGAUUUUUCUUGUGCCUCACUGUCAGCCGGGAGAAGAGAGGCGGGCCCAUCGUUUUCAUCAUUGGCGUGAUACAACGACUUAUCAGAACUGCCAUUCCACUGUUCUUCAUCAUCAUGUGCUUAUACUUGAUGCCACGCUUCGUAUUCGGACCAGACACAAAGGCUUUCUUCGUCAAUCUGUACAACGACGUCGGCAGUCACUGGUGGCACCUGCUUCUGAUGAUCAGGAAUUUUGUCGAGAUCACUGCGUGGGAUAUGCUUCCGCACACGUGGUACCUGUCCACGGAUUUUCAGCUCUUUACCACCUCUCUUGUGAUACUACUAGUUUUCAAAAGUCGGAAAAUGCUGGCCGUGGGGGCAUUCAUUCUGUUGUCCUUCCUGGGCUGUGCUAUCGGAACAUGGGCAGUGGCCAGUUCUGACUUGCUGCCUUUCAUGAUCUUUCCCGGACCGGUUCUACAAGUGAUGUCCAAAACUGUGAACGAAUACUACCUUCGGCCAUACUAUCACGCCGUGUGCUACUUCAGCGGGUGUUUGACAUACCUUCUUGUGCAAGACUUCAGGCAGCGAAAAAUAAGCAAGACCGUUCAGGUGACAGGCUGGUGCGUUUAUGUGAGCUGCGCCUUGCUCUGCAUAUUCAUGAAGCUCGCUUGGUACCGCAGCCCCGACCCCACGUCGGAAGCAGUAAAGCUGCUCGCGGCAUUUUUUGAUCGGAUCCUGUGGUCGGUGUCCCUCAUUUGGAUCACAUUGGCGUGCGCUUCUGGACGAGGCGGGCUUGUCAGCAAGUUCUUGUCGUGCAAUGUAUUCGUGCCACUGAGCAAGCUCUCAUUUGGUGUGUACCUGAUCCACGUACCUUUCAUCGAACUUUACCUACAUGCCUCCAGGGAGCGCAUAUACUGGUCACUAUUUAAUUUGACCAUGCUUUUCAUCGCAGUUCUCACGUGGAGCUACCUACUGGCCUACCUGGCUUUCCUCGCAUGUGAAGCUCCAACAGGUGCUCUGAGCAAAUUCAUUUUCACCAGACUCUUCGGCGGAGGCGGAAAUGCGAGGAAGCGGCAUAUAACGCAACAAAAUGCCAGCGAUGCGAAGCCCCAGAUAAAUGUAGAAGACGGUGUGUCGUCCCGAUGUUAAUUCGGCAGCCGGCUGUAUACUCUGUCAGUCGUCAUUAAUCUGUGCGGCCUCGAUUGUGGACUUUGAGAACGCUCAGCGGAAGCAUAUCGUGAUGAAAACGGUGCAACGGUGGCUGUGAUACUGCGCGCAAGUGUAUGCAAUGAAGAUGUGGCGGUGUCUCUUGUAUAGGUGAAAGCUGGCCGAUUACCACUUAACAGGCUUAAAAGGCCUGGACUCUAACUCCAGGCCAACUCCAGCGAGAGCAAUCUCAUCAGACUCUACCACGCGUUUCUGAUGAGCCAUGUUAACUAUGUAGCCUCCGCGUUGCGCUGGUCUAAACGGGAUGAGGCCAAAAUCAAUGCCCUCAUGCGCAAAAGCAUCAGACGCGUGCUGGGUUUACCACUCACCACCAGCACUGCGCGUGUCAUGCAACUAGGCAUGCACAACACCCUGUCAGAGGCGAUGGAGGCCCAACGAGUGGCCCAAAUAAUACGACUCUCAUCAUCGCGAGCGGGGAGACGCAUCCUCGAAUCCGUUGGAUACGGUCACCAGGAAAUCACGGAGCGCAACGAGACCCUAUCACCCAUGGUCCUAGAUACGUUCAAGGUAGAUCCCAUGCCACUUAACGUCCACCCUCAAUACAAUGUAGGGCACCGGAUAGGCCGGGCUCAUUCCCUGUUAAAAGUGGCUGCAGCCACUUCGAAUCUGGCAUGUUUCGUUGACGCCGCCCAGUACGGGCGCUCUGAUUACUAUGCCGUAGUUUCGGUUGACUCCAAUGGAACGUACAUUAACUCAGCAUCCGCGCAGAAGAUAUCUGCAACAGUAGCCAAGCAGGUUGCUCUAGCAAUAGCACUGAAGGACCAUCUACGUCCCAAUAUGUUUACAGGCUACAGUCUGCAGCCCGAGCGUUCCCCUCCAGCUCGAUCUCAAAGGAGGCGGCGGCCAUCCUCGGCAGCGUCUGGGCGGCUGGUUUUCAUAUCAUUAAAUGGUUCCCGGCCCCUAUGGGAAUCAAUAUGCACUCUGACGUUAUUAACGCCAAUGAGUAGCCCAUGACUGUGCGCGAGGUAUUACAUACCGCGGCGGUUGCGGUGAACUCACGGGCGGCGACUUAGGACUGUACAGGGAUUCGCUUCGCACCUACCAUGAAAUCUUAGCUCAUUAUCAACUUUCUCGGCGGGCCUUUCAGCUACCACAUCCUAAACUUACUAGACCACAAUCGUCGGCCUUCCGCAUGCUCCAAACGGAGUCAUUCCCCUCUAGGGGCCGAUUCAGUCCCUUUGCGCCUAAUGUAGAACCCCACUGUCCAGACUGUGAGGAGGCGUACUGCUCCUUCUCUCAUAUGCUCUGGCAAUACCGUGCGUUACGCAGCUCAUCGCUUACAGACAGCUCAUCGCUCUAACCGACUGGGGGGCAGCCCUUAAGAAUGGUGACCUCUCAUAGCAACUACGGGCUGUCGAGAGGGCCUGUGACAGGGCGGAGGACCACCACCUUCCGACCCCGACGUGGAUGCGGCCCGCGACGUCUACAGGGACUCUCUGAAAAGGGAGGCACCCUAACGCGGUUUCUCAGGACCAUUAGUAAAGUUCUUUGUCUGUCUGUCUGUCUGUCUGUCUGUCUGUCACUGUCAUUAUUUAUC